GUCUAACAUAUUUUCAAGCUCUAAACUCCUAUAUCCUAUCUAAAUAAGAGGGUUUAAUUAUGAAGGGAGAGAGAGAGAGAGAGAGAGAGAGAGAGAGAGAGAGAGGAUUCUCUAUAAAUCUAAAUAUAUCUUUCAUUAAUACUAUAAAAAAUUUGUUCAUUUUAAGUAUAGUUAGAAGAAUCCAUAUCAGCUUAUCUCUUGGUACAUGGCCGUAUCACAGCCUACACAUCGUCAGCAGCGCAAAACCUCGUCGAGAUAGUCAAGACACAUAAUGAACGUUCUGUUGCCAGCCACGAUCCUUCUUAUCGUUUUACUAGACGACGCGACGUCAAACCGGAAAGUUUGGCAGAAU